AAUCUUGAAGAAGUUGAGAUUUUAGGAAUACGUUUUGGUAAUCUUUCACGCUGGCGGGUUCACCCACGAACUAUCAGCGUUGCGCCAAUGAGUAGCAACAACCACAAUCAGCUGCCGUCUGCAACGGUCUCUUCUUCGGGAUCGUCAGCAACGGCUCUAUGUGGUCCAAAUGGUUCCAAUAACAGCAGUGGUGAACGUAGCGAUCGCAGCGGUAGUCGCUCGGGAUCUCCACCAUCCCAGUUCAUGGGUCCGACACCACCAAAUCACGGCGUAGCUGCUCCACAUCAGAAAAAUCUUGCCAGAGUUCAAGCAACCGCACCCCCAGUUGUAACCUGCUCACCAUCUUCGCUAUCGACUCAGAGUGUUGCUCCUCAGAUUGCAACAAUCGGCGCUAGUGAGCAUACGGAUAGCAGUGCAGAGGUUCGCUUUAUCAAAAUAUUAACGUUGUUAGUGCUUUUCCUACUUCACAUGCAACUUAUAACGAAUCGUAUAUAG